UAAAGCUCCAAGACAUAAUGGGGGCAUUUUUAGAUAAGCCAAAGAUGGAAAAGCAUAAUGCCCAGGGGCAAGGUAACGGACUACGUUAUGGGCUAAGUAGUAUGCAAGGUUGGCGAGUUGAAAUGGAAGAUGCACAUACAGCUGUGAUUGGUUUGCCAAGUGGACUUGAUGGAUGGUCAUUCUUUGCUGUGUAUGAUGGGCAUGCUGGUUCCCAGGUUGCCAAAUACUGCUGUGAGCAUUUGUUAGAUCACAUCACAAAUAACCAGGAUUUUAAAAGUUCUGAAGGACCACCUUCUGUGGAAAAUGUCAAGAAUGGAAUAAGAACAGGUUUUCUGCAGAUUGAUGAACAUAUGAGAAUAAUAUCAGAGAAGAAACAUGGUGCAGACCGAAGUGGGUCAACAGCAGUGGGUGUCCUGAUUUCUCCCCAACAUACAUACUUCAUCAACUGUGGAGACUCAAGAGGUUUACUUUGUAGGAACAGAAAAGUUCAUUUCUUCACACAAGAUCACAAACCAAAUAAUCCUUUGGAAAAAGAACGUAUUCAGAAUGCAGGUGGUUCUGUAAUGAUUCAGCGCGUGAAUGGUUCUCUUGCUGUAUCUAGGGCACUUGGAGACUUUGAUUACAAAUGUGUCCAUGGUAAAGGUCCUACAGAGCAACUUGUCUCACCAGAGCCAGAAGUCUAUGAAAUUGAAAGAUCUGAAAAAGAUGAUCAAUUCAUCAUCCUUGCGUGUGAUGGUAUCUGGGAUGUUAUGGGAAAUGAAGAGCUUUGUGAUUUUGUAAGAUCCAGACUUGAAGUCACUGAUGACCUUGAGAAAGUAUGCAAUGAAGUAGUGGACACCUGCUUAUAUAAGGGAAGUCGAGACAACAUGAGUGUGAUAUUGAUCUGUUUUCCAAAUGCACCAAGAGUAUCACCAGAGGCAGUGAAGAAAGAGACAGAGUUGGACAAGUACCUGGAAAGCAGAGUAGAAGAAAUCAUAAAGAAGCAGGGAGAAGGCGUACCAGACUUAGUCCAUGUGAUGCGCACAUUAGCAACUGAGACCAUCCCAAACCUCCCUCCAGGGGGUGACUUGGCAAGCAAGCGGAGUAUAAUUGAAGCCGUUUACAAUAGACUGAAUCCUUUCAGAAAUGAUGACACUGAUUCAACAUCAGCUGAUGACAUGUGGUAAAAACUUCUCAUCUAGCCUGGAGUUUACCUUCAUCCUCCCAAGGAAGUACAGCGCAACUUCACUGAACCUUCUUAACAUCCAUCUUCAAUAUUAAAGAAGGGGAUACUAUAAGGGUGAGCAAGAUGACACCACAGAACUACAGCAGUACAACAACUAGCCCAGAACUGAUCCUUUUUUUUUUUUUUUUAUAUAAAAUUGAGACUUAUGUAAACGUGAUUUCAAACCAUAAUUCAUGUUGUAAAUCAGACUUCAGCAAUUUUUGUUGUAUGAUUUUUUUUUUUUUUGGUAAAGUGCAAUUGUCCUUGUACAAAAUGCUCAUAUUUAAUUAUGAACUGCUUUAAAAAUCCCUAUCAAAGUUUAAAAUGUUUGGCUUGUUGUGUGAUGCAACAGAUAGGUUGGUAGCCCUUUAAAUUCAUGUUGUGUUUUGGAUCAGGGGUGAGGGUGGGGGUAGCGGCAGCCUGGCCAGCGAGAUGCUCAAAAAUACACGCGAUUAUGAAGAAUAAUUUAAAAAUUCUUACAGAGAUGAACAUCCAUGAAGUUGUUUCAAACACCCUUAAUUUUCUUGACAGUGGACUAGCAUAAGAAUAUAGCUAGUUCAUUCAUAAAACUCAUUCAGGAUGGUUUUUUUUCCCUUGUUGCCACUUAUUAUUGCAGGUAAUAGUGUAUUUCAUAAGAAUAUCAUAUCGAUCUUGAGGCUAGAAUGCCUUGAUUCUUUGCACCUCUUUUGCAAGUCCUUACAUUAAAUUAAUUACUAAUUGAAAAGGAACAGCUUCCUACAUAGAGUAGGAAUCUGUAGCAUUUUUACUAUCAUGAUUGGCUGGGCCUGCUGCUGUUCCUAGUAAAAUAUUCUGAACUCCAUUUUAUCAAUAAAGAUUGAUUUUAACAAACAA